AUGGAUUAUAUAGCAUUGUUGCGGCACUGGCAGCGCACAUUUGCAAAUGUGAGCUGCAUUCCAAAUGAAAACAAGGCACUUCUCGAGUUCAGGGAUAGUCUUAUUGAUCAUUUAAACUGGUUGCUGUCGUGGAUAGGAGAAGACCGCUGUCCCUGGGAAGGAGUGGUUUGCAGCAGGACUAGCGGUCAUGUUAUCAAGCUUGAUCUUCGAAAUCAGUUUCAGCUAGAUGAACUAGGCAUUCCCUAUUUCGAUUUCUAUCCUGGAAAUUAUAGCAGCGUUUUCUUGAAAGGUGAUAUAAAUCCUUCUCUUCUUGAUUUGAAGCAUUUGGAAUAUCUCGACCUGAGCAUGAACGACUUCUCUUCGAGAUCCAAAAUUCCAGGAUUUAUAUGGUCCUUGAUAAAAUUGAAAUAUCUAAACCUUUCCUCUGCGGGUUUCCUAGCAAAGGUUCCCGUUCUUCAUGGAAACCCUUCGAGCCUGCAGUAUCUUGAUCUUGGCACUUUUUCAGCUUUCUAUGCUCCUUCGAAUUUCUUGACUUCUGACAACCUCCGAUGGACAUAUACUCUUUCUUCCUUAAAAUACGUGGACUUGUCUGGAGCGAACCUUCCAAAAGACAACAAUUGGUUGCCUUCCAUAAAUAUGCUCCCUUCUCUACUAGAAUUACAUUUAUCCCGUUGUCAACUCUCAAAUUUCGCCCAACAUGGUUGCCUCCAUUUCAGCUUCAAGGUAUCGGGAUGUCGAUCUCAGUUUCCACAAUGGCUUCGAAGUUCAAACACAAAAGAAUGUUCGAAUUUUAUAAAUGUUUAAUGCAAGUAUAUUGGUUUGAAGAAAUUU